AUGCCACUUUCCUAUUCACCAUUUGCCAGUUUCCAUUCUCUUCUCCUCUUUUCCCAAUCUCUGUUUGCCACUAUUUGGUGGUCAUAUUCACCGUCGUGUCUGAAGGCUUGCCGUCUGCGACUGAGUCAAAUGGAUGCAUUUGCGUGCAACCAUGUUGCUACGGGAUGGCCAGUUUUGCAUGGCUCGUGUGUAGGUGGAAUGGAGCAACAGGGACGUUCAAGAGUUUGCUUUAGCCCAUCGGGCGCGGAUCAAAGAGGCGCAAAGGUGACACGAAUGGAUCAGGCGACUGGCAAACUUCGUGAUGAACGCUGCCAAUUUUGUAAAGGUUGUCGUCAUCCCAAACAGCGUAAGGUGGAAAUGAUGCUGAUGCUGCUGUUGCUGAUGUCAUUUUUCGAAUUGACUAUUGUUUUCGUGGCUACCAGUAAAUCAGUAGUAUGA